AUGUCACCCUUUGAGGCGUUAUAUGGGAGAUCUUGUAAGACGCCUCUUUGCUGGACAGAAAUUGGGGAAAGACGAUUGUUGGGUCCUGAUAUAGUAGAUGAAACCACAACAAAGAUUAAGAUUAUUCAGAAACAAAUGAAAGCAGCACAGGAUAGACAGAAAAGUUACGCGGAUAAGCAUAGACGUGACUUGACCUUUCAAGAGAAUGACGAAGUAUUUCUCAAAGUCCAAGCAACCAAAGGAAAGACCCGUUUUGGGAUGGUUGGGAAGCUAAAACCCAGAUUCAUUGGACCUUUCAAGGUAUUGAGUAAGAUAGGGGCAGUGACUUAUAAGGUUGCAUUACCCCCAGAAUUGGCACAAGUUCAUGAUGUGUUUAAUGUGUCCAUACUUCGAAAGUGCCAUCCUGACCCUGAUCAUGUUAUUGAUUAUCAACCGCUUGAGUUAAAACCAGACGAGACUUAUGAAGAAGAACCUAUCGAGAUAGUCGAAUGA